AUGUCUGGGUGCACGAUGAGAGCCCGGCAUCACGACGCUUCACUCCGGCGGCGUCUUUCUCCUGCGAUCAGGAAUGCCUCUGCAUGGUUGCUGCUCUGCUGGGCUUCCUGCCAUCCGUGGCUGCUGUUAUUGCCUGAGUCGGCAAGCCCUUUCGAUGUGCUUGGGCUUUCUGGCAAAGCUCACUAUACGGAAGCUGAGAUCCGCCAAGCGUACAAGCGACGCGCACUUGAGGUGCACCCUGAUCGUCAACCUUCGGAGCGGAGGGAGGCUGCAACGAUUGCUUUUCGUCGGGUGUAUGAGGCCUAUGAGGCAUUGAGAGACGGAGACGCUGUGAGAUGCGGAUCGGGCUUAGGCUCAAGCAGCUCGCGCAGGAGUGACGAAGCUCAAGCAGGUUGGCGGAAAGCAAUGCAGGACUUGAUGCGGGAGGAAGACAACAGACGUAAUAAGAUGCGUGAUGCAGAAGAGGAUUCCAAGAUCGAAGCCUUGCGUGAUCUGUGGGUGUCGGGACGCAGUGAGCAGGCAUUGGACUACUACAAGAAGGACUUCUGGGUGGUAUUUGAUUUUGACGCAGUUGCACAGAAGCUGGGCCGAAGCUGCCCCGACCUCGUGGACGCAAUCUCCCUGGUCCGAGAAGCACGGAGGAACGAAUUGGAAGCAGGAGAUGCAAAUCGGAGGCAACAAGUUCGGUGCGCCUGGCCGAAUAAGCAGAGAGUGCUGAACUUGGUGGACGCGAUGUUUGUCAGUGACGUUGAUGAACUCGCCAACAGCCUCGAAAGGGGAAUGUGGAUACCGGACGCUAAGACUUCUGAGUUCGUUUCGUUCCUGCGAAGCUAUGUGGACACAAGACGGUCACGCACGGAGCAGUCAGUGGCUGCUACGCUUGACAGUGGUUGCAAGGCGGUUCUCGCUGCCUGGCCUGACCGAGAUCGCGCAAGGCGAGUCCUCUACGGAGAGUACUUUCUCUGGAGGAGAGAGAUCGUGGAAGCUCUGCCUGAUGACGUGCGACAGGCGCUGCUUAUGGAGCAGACAGCGGAGCAAAGACCAGCCCUGCCUGAGCGUUUCCGAGGCUUUCUGUCUCAGCUGUCAGGAUAG